AUGCCCUUCAUAGACGACGAGCUACUUUGGUGCCCUGACAAUGACGGCAAAAUGGUCGACUUGACGCAGUGUCUUCAGGUUGGUCCGAGCUCGAAAAAUCAGUUUUGCAAUCGUAAAAGCAAGUCGUUAACUAGACUUUAUCGAUUAUCACACCAGGAGAGCAGCACGGGGCAGUCAGUAGAAUUCUCCCCGAUGGAAUUGAGUGCCCUCGUGGGCACGCCGGCUGCUCCAAAUAUGCCGGCGGAAGAGGGCGAAGGAAUGGCUGGUGUCACAGGCGAAGAACCCUUUGACACGCUAGACACAUUCCUUCGUGAACUGCAAGCCGAUUUGGCCGAAGCCAGUCAACCCACAUCCACUACAACUUCCGCAACCCCUUCCUGUCGACGGCAGAGGUACAAUAUCGCAGCCGCCAACCCGUUGUUAGCAGAAAAAUUAGCAGCUCCUUCCUCGCAAGCAUCUCCAACAUCCAUCCCGUACGCGGCGAGGGCGGAGAUCAAGACGGAAAGUAUUCAGCCUGAAACGAGCAAAGGUAAGUUUGCACACGUGUGUCUUGAAGUUCUAAUUAUUUUUCGAAUAUCAGUCGCCACUCCACCUGUUAUAUCGUCCGUCGUAUAUUAA